AUGCCAGAUGGUCAGUUCAAAGAUACCAGCCUAUCUGACUACAGAGGAAAAUAUGUGGUGUUCUUCUUUUACCCUCUUGACUUUACCUUUAUGUGCCCCAAGGAGAUCAUUGCUUUCAGUGAUGGGGCAGAAGAAUUUAACAAACUCAACUACCAAGUGAUUGGUGCUUUUGUGGAUUCUCACUUCUGCCACCUGGCAUGGCUCAACACAUCCAGGAAACAAGGAGAACUGAGACCCAUGAACAUUCCCUUGGUAUCAGACCCCAAGCGCACCAUUGCUCAUGACUAUGGGGUCUUAAAGGCUGAAGGCACCUCAUUCAGGGGUCCCUUUACCUCUGACGAUAAAGGUAUCCUUUGCCAGACCACUGUAAAUGACCUUCCUGUUGGCCACAGUGUGGCUGAGACUCUGAGACUAGUUCAGGCUUUCCAGUUCAAUGACACCCAUGAGGAAGUGUGCCCAGCUGGCUGGAAACCUGGCAGUGAUACCACCAAGCCUGAUGUCCAGAAGAGCAAAUAA